AUGGCUGCAGACCUGUCCUACCUCGUCCACGACCAUCUCGGGCCGUCCCGCUACCCCGACUACGUCGCCUCCGUCAUCUGGGGGGAGUGUCCCUUGCCGGGCACAGAGGCCUAUGAGCAGCACAAGGCCAUGAUGCCCCAACAGUUCCACUUCCAUUUCCAACGUGUCGCCGGCCUGCCCAAGCCAUUGGUUGCCGGCCGCGAGCACCUCCAUCUCCGUCACUUCUUUGACAACAUCUCUUUCAACGCCGGAGCCAUCACCGGAGGCGACCUCGAUCGUUACGUCGCCGACUAUUCGCAGCCCGGGGCAGUGAGGUGUGCGUCCGGCGUGUACAGGGCCUUCGAGACAGGUGCGCUAGAGAACCGCGAGUGGCGAAUGGCGAACGGCCGGUGUCGAGUCCCGGCGCUGGGUUUGAGCGGCGAGCACAGUUUGCAGGCGAAGGAGGCGGCGGCGACGCUGGACGAGAUGUACGAGAAUGCCGAGCCGUCGCUCGUCUGCGACUCAGCGCAUUGCAUCGCCGAGGAGAAUCCGGAUGACUUCACCCGUCAGGUGUUGGCUUUUGGUGAGCGACACUCGUGA